UGAGAGACUGUGUGUGACUGUGUGUGAGGCACUUUGAGUGUGGAUUUUCUGCAAAUUGAUUUUUUGUUUGAAUGCUUGAAUGAACUAUGCUGCAGGAACCUUAAACCAUCAUUACUCAAUAGACACGUCUCAAUUAAACCCUAAAGAAAUUAGUGAAACAGUCAUAAAAACAAUGACAUAGUUGGUUAAACUUCAGAGAUCAAGAUAACAAAAACAAAACAAAAAUGUGAUUGGUUUUGGCGGUGGCCACAGACCAUUCAGGUUACAGGUAGUCCGGCUCUACCGACAUGGUACAUCCAUAUGUGUCAUUCCGAGAAGGUUUGUCUCUGAGCACAGUCUGAAAUCUGGAACAGAUACCAGGAGGGAGGUUGUUACAGGGCCGUCAGCAGCAGGACUGGUAUUUGCUCCUUUGUGCAGGGAGGAACAGGAGGAGCAGAGCCUUACAAUGACCUUGAGCAGGCUACUCCUGAGCAGACUAUCUGAAUCAGAAUGAGAGGAUUGGACUCCAUUAUGGUAUCAUGAGGGCUCAAAGUCUUUUAGCAGGACUUGUGCUCAGAGCCCAACAGCAUGCAGAUCACCAGAGAAGAUCAAAAUGGCAGGUUUACCACUGGCACCACUUCUGACAGAUGUAAAUAAGUCUGAAGAUGGCCUGGUGUUGUGCUGACUACAUGUUACAUUCCAUUCCGUUAAAAAGUCACAAAAGGUGUCGGUGUAAAAGAAAAAAGCAGACGUGGAGUCAGAAUUCUUAAAUUAAAAGGUUUUAUUAUUAUUUUUGUUCCUAAUUAAACUGAAGGAAACGGACAAGUCGCUGUCACCUUUAAAAGAAAGGUAAAAAAACAAAAACAAACCCAAGAAUUGGUCAAUAAUCAGAAAAGUCAAAAAGGUUAAAUCACCAAAACACACACAUUUGCCCACAGAGCAGGAGUAAGCAGCCACCACACACAGCUCACUAGCUGCGAAACAAAAAUGAUCUGCAGCUCUACAGCUCCCCUUUUUCUAGCCUUAAAUACUCUUACUAGAGUAGUACUUAUUAGAGUAGACUCAGCUGUACAAAAAGGGUGGCACCUACGGCAAGAGAGCUAGCAGUCACAUCUGUAUAAGGUCAGAAUCCAAAGAAGCACAAAUAUUUGUAUUUCAGAUCCACCAGUAUUUUUUACCCAACUUCAUGUGUACCAUUGACGUCAUCUUUAGUAAGCUUUGGUUUUAAUUGUGUUGGUGAAGAAAGCUGAAAAAUGACUGCAGUGGGACAUUUAUUUUACUUAGUUGUUACAUUAUCGUAUUAGAAAGAGAACCUUUAUGUAAAUUUAAAUUGCCAAUUGCCAUCUGGAUUUAUAAAAAAUAACAAUAGGUAAUCUGAAUACACUGAAACGGUAAAAGUACUUGUAUGUCAUUUAUAGGUGAAAAUGUGCUGUGAAAUCCAGCGGAUGUUUUUCAGUUCUACUUUCCCAUUGGUCUGCAAAUUGAUACCAUAGGUGUGUCUAUUAAAAGUUUUAGAAAAGUUCAAAUCUCAGUGACCUCAAGAUCAGAGGUCAAGUUUUCUGAGAAUCGAUUGAAUGCUAUAACUCAAGACAUCACCUUUGAUUACCAUAGCUGCACCUUCAUGGAGGCUGAGGAGUACCACUGGGGCCGUCAGUAUUUUUACACUUGCUUGACAGCAGGUGUCACUCUCAGUCUGUUGUAAUCACGGCAAUGUCACAAGCAGUGGGACAAACAAGGAAACGCUGUAGAUGCACUUUUGAAAGUCUGAAACAUACUGUGGUCUUGUAGUCUUCUGUUUUUCUUGAUGACUUAACAUUAGACCAAAAUGAAAUAUUAACCACAGACAUUUUCACAGUUUGACCUGUGAAAAUGUCUGUGGGUGCCAAGAAAGAUUCUUUGUUCAUUCAAGUUUAGUUUAUUUUUUUCUGGCUUGUUUAAAACAAGUUUGUAGGUCUUGUAGACUAGUUUUAUAGGUAACAUUUGUAUUCCGGCAUACACUCACUGGCAUUUCAUUAGGUAUGCUGUGCUGCUGGUUUGGAACCCCUCUGGUUUCAAAACUGUCUUGAUCUUGAUGGCGUUCAACAAUAUGGUUCAAGCACCCAUCAGAAGAUGAGUACACUAUGGUCAUAAAAGGAUCAACAUGGGGGCUCAAAGUGUGCCAAGAAAAUCUCCCCACACUAUUACAUCACCGUCAGCCUGAAUCACAAUACUUUAUAAAUCCCAGAGACAGUAAUGAAAUAUUACAAUCUGUUACAAAAUAAUAAAAUAUAACAAAAUGUCUCUAAUAUAUACAAAUACCUCCCAGUACAUUACACAAAGUUAAAUAUAUAUAUAGUUGACAGUGAGGUGCCUCUAUAGAUACAAGGAUGGAUCCAUGAUUUCAUGUUGUUUAUGGCAGAUUCUGAUCCUGCCAUUCAAAUGUUGGCAGAAGUCAAGAUUCAUCAGACAAGGCGACAUUUUUCAAUCUUGUAUUGUCUGAUUUUGGUGAGCCUGUGUGAAUUGUAGCCUCAGCUAACAGAAGUGGCACCCAGUGUGGUCUUCUUUUGCUGUAGCCCAUCAACAUAUUGCGCAUUCAGAGAUGCUCUACUGCAUGCUCUUGUUGUAACGAGUGCUUAUUUGAGUUAGUUUUGCCUUCCUCAAAGUGUCUGGCAAUUCUCCCCUGACUUCUGGCAUCAACAAGUCAGUGAAAGAUUUUUUCAAAAGAAUAUUUUUUCUUUUUCUCACCUUUCUGUGUAAACCCUCGAGAUCAUUGCACGGGAGAUCUGAGCGGACAAACACAUCCUACAUAUCAACUUUCCUCCUUAUUCUGAUGCUCAGUUUGAGCUUCAGCAGGUCAUUUUGGCCAUGAGUCCCUAAAUCCAUGGCUCAAAGAAGAUGAAAUGAUACAGCUGUAAAAAACCAUACAAGCAACAGAAUGAUAAUGCUGGUGCUGAUGAAAGUGAGGGAGGAAGAGAGAGGAACCAAGUCACCAAUCGACAGCCUCCAUGGUCCUCCUUCCCUGAGUUUAUAUAUAUGCACAGACAGCUUCUGCAACCAAUCAGCACUAAGGAUAAUAGGAUAAUAGUAUUAGCAAGUAUUACAGCUUUUCUUAUUUAGUUACAAAAUAUACUGUUUACAUAUUUUCACAUACUAUUUUUUAAUCUAUGAGAGGAUAUCCAACAGUCUCCACAGCCUAACUGAGCGCACACAAAAGGGUACGCUUUACUGCUCAGUUUGUAACUCACAGCCCAAACAAACCUGUUCAGGUAUGAAGCAGGGUGCACUUUGCAUUCUGUUUGGGCUGAUGACUUUAUGGCUGCCAUGGUAACAGAGGUGUGAUGCUGACAGAGACAAGUAAGCAACUUCAGUCACGCCUUGCCUUGUUAGAUGAUACAUCACGGCUUCGUUACUAGUUUUUCCCUGGAGAUGGUUUUGCAAGGAUAGAUCGUAAUUUCCGCGAAAUCCCGGGCAUGUUGCGAUCAGAUAAGGCAGUACCAGACAUCACUGCUGGUAAUUUAAAACUUCCCCGAGUCCAAGCCCCAGACUAGUGUGUCACUUAAAACAGGAAGGCUCAAAUAUAUUCACAAGCCAGAUAAUCCUGCAGUUUAUCAAGACAUUACAGUUGCACAGUCUCAGUUAGAGGGGUGUGCCUAUAAUCUGAUCACCAUAUCAGCUGUCAUCAUCUUCAGGUACAGUCAAAGAAAGAGACUGAAUUUUAUAAGCCACCAUGUGCAGAAAAACAGCCACACAAACCAGUUGAAGUCAGUUAUUUAAGCUACAGUAUGUUCAUGCUUUACAACACUUUUUAAGACCUCUUGCUCGGCGUUGUGUAGCAGAUCAGGGGCUUCAGUUCGGUCAGCUUUAGUUUAAUCUGACUCUUCUACUACUACAUAUACAAUAAAUACUACUAUAAAUUAAUUUAUAAUUAAUUUUCCUGCAGAUGAAUAUUUUCUUUCAUUGUGUUACACCGUAGGGUUAAGUAGAGGCCAGUAAGGACGAUGCUUCACCCAGCCGUCGUUACUCAACAGUUCAUAAUCUUUUGGCAUGAACAGACCUGCAGUUUUUUGGAAGCAAUGCUUCAGUAUUGCCCCUUAUGGGAAAUGAAAGAAAUGGAUUAUGAGAUUAGGAAGACUGAUAUGAAACUUUUAUUAGAGUGCAGUCUGAACCUCUAAAAUCUAUAAAGACUAUGCUUGGUAUACAUAUUCAUUUAAGUAAUAUCCUCAUUGUUUCUCGUAAUCAUGACAUUGGUUCUCCAAGUGUUACCUAACAAUAGAACAUGCUGCAGAUAGAGUUCAGCUUAAUGUGUCAACAUUGUUUAGCCUUUAUUUUUGUCCUUUGCAUAUAGUCUACAGGAAAUUAGUCUUUAAGAGAGCCAUGAAAGGAGUCUGCAAGCGCUGCUAUCAGUUAUUUAGUCUAGACAGGCCCUCCCUAGUCAUUUCAUGAACCCUUCAUGACAGCUAAGCUUCCACAACUGACUGAAUCCCUCCUGACUAAACAUAUUACAUUUAGUUUGUCUAUCUUAUAAAUUUUAAGUCACAUUCUUACUGUGUGAAACAUGUGGCGCAUGCAGCAGCAGCGGAACAAGAUGCCAUCAUUGUUUCCUUCAGCGUGCACAUUCUCUCUCUACCUUAACCUUUUUUUAACUCUCUUACACAGAAACAGGAAAAUGAGAGUGCAUAUUUAACUCCUGUGGUUUUAUGAGUUUUGCUUAAAACCAGCAUGACUCACACCUCACAUUCCACCUCCACUUUUCUCAGUGUCAGCUCUCCUGCUUCUCCUGUAAUUCUGCUUCUGUUACGCUCUCUUUUCCAGCCCCCCCGACCUCUUUUGCUUUUUUUUUUAACAUCUCCUCCUUUUGGCUCAGAGCAAGUUGGAGGCCUUCACGUUGCAGAAAUCCGCUCAUUACUUUGACACAUGCUUCCAUAUGUUUGCGGUUGUAUGUUUUAACAGGGUGAGAACAUAGUGUGGAAAAGUACAUGUGCAGUGUGGCUGCUAAGCUGGCAGAAUUAAGUGCAUUUAUUCAAAUUGGGAUGGCUGAGAGCGAAGGAGCCCUCGGUGGGCCUCAGCCAGUGUCUUGGUUACCAAGUCAAUAUUGACCAUGUUCGACGUGGUCACUGGCUAUUAAUAGGAGAAAGUGGAGCCAUAUAAGGUUAUACGAUUUGGUUUACUUUCAGUCUGGCUGGCUUUUAUAUCAUAAUAUCAAUUAUAGGUCCCUGCUGCCAAAUAUGCAACUCUCAGCUACUACUUGUGUGUGUGUGUGUGUGUGUGUGUGUGUGUGUGUGUGUGUGUGUGUGUGUGUGUGUGUGUGUGUUUACACAGUGUGCAGCUGCCGUGAGCUACAGCUUACCAAAGAACAGAGAGAGAGAGAGAGAGAGUGAGGGAGAGAGAAGACAGAUAGAAUUAAAGAAGAAUGGAAAAAGCCGAGCGGAGUUACUGCAGCGCUGCACUCCUCAUGGUCAAAGCUAGCCUACGAAGAUCAGAUCGCGUUAUCCCAGCAGCAAAACGUAUCUGAGCUAAAACCUGUUGAUUCAGCUGCAACAGAGCAGAUUUAUGUUAUCCCGUAUGAAGAAAUAGGCAUUGUGAUUCUAGUGAUGCUAAUACCCUCUGCUGUUCACGGUGACCUUCAGUAAAGUAUCAGUGCUGACUGCUGUCGGGCCAUCACCCAUCUAGUGGCUGCUUUAAUUCUUCCUAGGUGCUCGGGUGGAUGUGGACACUUUUUUUUUUCUAAGGUAGAGUAUUGUAUGAUCUCUUUGCACUUCUAUCUCAUUUGACUUUUCUAAGUGUUGUGAUGUCAGGCUUUGAAGAACUUUCAUUUAGCAUAUAAUCAGCUGUUAGAGAAGCCUUUCUUUGUAUACCUUUGACCAGGGUUGUUCCUCUGGUAUCCCUCUUUGAUGCUCUUUGACGUUUUUGUCUUCAGAGUUUCAGUCUGAAGGCUUAUUGACAGUAUUUCGACUCUGCUAUUUAAGCAAAAAAAUUUUUUUUAGAGAACUUGGCUCGUUCACAAAGCAUAAAUAUGCUGUGACAGCAGUGACUCCUUUUUGAUGGAGGAUUUAAAUAUGGACUAUAGACUUUACUGAGCAAAGUCUCACACUCAUCAAGUCAUCAUGAUGCCAUAUGUAUGUUAGUAUCCUGAUAAUCUUCAGUCGUGGUCAUACUGGCAGCCCUCAGGUGAGAACUAGAGUACGUGAGAUUAAGAGCAGGGUGUUGCUCAAAACCCUAAGACUAUGUAGUCCGCAGGGCCUGCGUAAAUUAACUGAGGAGGCCUUGUUAUUCCAGGUGGUGCAGUGUAGGUGGGGGUAGGAGACGGUCUGUGUUGAUGUUGCCAGGUGUUGAUGGUAUUGCUGUUGCAUGUACGUGGUGUCAUUUACUGUUCAACUGCUAAGCAAGACUGGCAGAUUCAUUUGCUGACUGCUUACAUUUAAAAAGAAAGCACACACAUUAAAUAUAAAGGCAGAGAAAGACUGGGAAUUCAAUCCACAGGCACUCACGAACAGUUAAGUUGUUUUGUUUAGUUUUUAGCAAAGUAAUUGUGUGUUGUAUCUGUAUUUGUUCAUGCUGGGAUUACUACUGUUUAUUAGCAUGAAGUAAAAGGUACUGCCGAAAAACUGGCACUAAAGGAUUUGGCUUUAUCUGAGAUCUUUAGCUGAGUAAAGUAAGGAUUGCCUCUACUGUAAGUUUAGAUAAUUAUAAUUAAUAAUAGGUUUUAAAGCUUAAUAAUCAAGCUGCUGACUGUCGGUUCACACAAGUCGAUGUUUACGCCGUGUUUGAGUGUGUCUGAGGGAUCUUGAGUGUGAUGGAAAAGCAGAGCAGACUGGAGACUGACUCGGGCAGGUGCAAGGACACGCAAACAAUCGGCAGGAGACAACAGAAGAGGAACAGCGUAACGAUGCUGCUAGAAAUAGCGCCUGCCCUUGUUGAGGCAAGGCGAGCAGAAAGAGCGUGUGGCAGUGUGGAGAGGGUGCUGUGCUGGGUUGUUCAAUAGAAGUUCAGUUUUCUGUUUUGUAAAAAAAAAAAAAAGACAAACCCAUCUGCUCUCCCUCUGGGAUUCGGGGCUUGGCUUCGUCUAACUGCAGCUUUCCCAGGAAACGGCACAAUAUUAGAGGAAGAGAAGGUCCAGCAGAAGGAGAGGAACAGGAUGGAGAUGAGGAGACAGGUCACUGUUUCGUGGGACUCGGGAGGGUCUGAUGAAGCACCACCAAAACCAAGUAGACCUGGCUAUCCCAGUCCUCGCUCAAGUGAAGGUUUUUACCCCAGUCCCCAGCAUCCUGGACACUAUCAGAUGGCAGGCUAUCCAGGCCCUCACACACUCCCCUCUGUGCCUAGCGCCUUGUACCCACCUCAGGCGGCGAUGCUGGACACCCACCACGCGCACACACACCCCCGCCACCAUGUCCACACCCACUCGCACGCACAGCUCCUUCCCCAGCCUCACGGACAGGAUAUGGCGCUGUGGGGCUCUCUGAUGGAGGACAGGGCAGUAGACAUGCAGCAGUGUGUAGGCCAGCAGUGCCUGUUAAUGGAGGAACAGCUGAUCAUACAACAGCAGCAGAUGGAGGAGGAUCAGAGGUGGCUGGAGCAGGAGGAAAGGCUGCUGAAACCUGACACGAGAAGUUCGAGAGGUAGUCUGGACAGAGAAGACAGUGGACUCCAGCCACCGACAGGAAACCAGCACAUAUACCAGCCCGUUGGCAAACCAGAGCAUGUGGCCCCGCCAAAGAAACCGCCUCGACCUGGGGCCCAGAGCCAAGUAAGCAGCCUGGCCUGUCUAAAUACUGGAGACAGUUACAAUGAUGGAGUCAAGCCCUGGCGGCUGCAGCCUCAGGAGAUAAGCCCGCCUCCCACCGCCAAUCUGGAUCGGUCGAACGACAAAGUGUACGAGAACGUGACGGGAUUGGUCAAAGCUGUGAUCGAGAUGUCAAGCAAGAUCCAGCCGGCUCCACCCGAGGAAUACGUGCCCAUGGUCAAGGAUGUGGGUCUGGCACUGAGGACAUUAUUGGCCACAGUAGAUGAGACUCUACCUCAACUUCCAGCCAGUACACACAGAGAGAUCGAGAUGGCACAGAAGCUGCUGAACUCUGACUUGGCAGAACUGAUUGCAAAGAUGAAGUUAGCCCAACAAUAUGUGAUGACCAGCCUCCAGCAGGACUACAAGAAGCAGAUGUUGACGGCGGCUCAUGCUCUUGCUGUUGAUGCCAAGAACUUGCUGGAUGUUAUUGACCAAUCCCGGCUCAAGAUGAUGGCCCAGUCCCGCCCACACUAGCCCCAUGUCGUCCGAGCUGACCAACAGGAGAGGGUGGCAUCAUCGUGACUUCUAAAGACUCCUGGGUUCCAGACAUCAGUCCUGAUGUGUUGACGGAGGUGGCUGCUUUACAAAUCAACGGCGAGAGCAGUGGCUCUGAUAAUCUGAUAAUGGUCCGUGAUGAAUCGUUAGAAUUUUUAAUCCCGCUAUAGCCGAGGUAAUUAGUUCAACUGGGAUUAAAAUCUCCACCACUGUGACUUUCUGUAUACGAGAACAGCGCAGAAACACUUCCUGAAUCAGGGACUUGGCA